GUUUAUCUUCACUGCAUUAAAUAUAUGUUUUUAUUAAAUAGAGAAUUCAUGAUAUUUUACAAGUAAACUGCAAUCAAUACCGAUACGGUAGGGUUUACCAACAUAUUUUUGUAGACAGUAUGCGGCCUUAAUUUCCCAGAAGGCUUUCACGCAUGGGGAAGCACCGGAAGUGGACAAAGUGUUUACAGAUCAAACCCCGGCGGCGCUUUGCGCCGCUUGGGGGUUUGAAAAAAGGCAUUGUAAAGCAUCAACCAGUGCAAUGGAAGAAAUUUAUCAAAACAAUAUUCUGAAGAUAUCCGGAACGUAAUAUCGAUCUGUUUCAAUUUUAGUUGGCAUUUAUGCAAUCAGAGUUUUGUGCACGCUUUAAUCGGACGUAGACUUGUAGAGCAUGUACAAGACCAUGACGAAAAACAAAACAUGAUGGCAGUGCUAUUCGAUAAACAGAAAUCGUUGGCGUUGAACGGCGUGGAUCUGAGCAGGAAAGGAUCUAUAGACGAGGAAAUUGUCCCAUUAGUUCAGCACAUUAAUAAUCACGUUAACUUCUUUACAACAAGCAGCUGUUCUGGAAGAAUAAUUGUUUUUGAUGAUCAUAUUGAUGAAGAAAGACCUGGUCUUAAAGUGAAGAAGAAAGGAUGUAAAUGGUUGUUUACCUCUCAUAAAGCUGCUGAUGCUGAACAAGUGAUAGAAUCUCUGAAAGACCUAAAUGGUGAUGCUGUGUUCAAGUUUGAACCCUUUGUUCUACAUGUCCAGUGCAGGAACACAGAAUAUGCACAAAGAACGCUGUGCUGUGCAGUGGCUUCAGGGUUCAGGAACUCUGGGAUAAGUCUCGGCAACAAGGGGAAAAUUAUAGUGGGAGUGAGAAGUACACAUGGACUUGAAGCACCUCUCUCUAAGGAUGGCAAUCUCUUGGUCUCCAUGGAGUUCAUUAAAUUUUUGACAAAGUCAGCAAAUAAGAAAUUGGAGGAAAAUUUUCUGAGGAUCCAGAAAUUCUUUGAAAGCAUGAAGAAAAUCGAUUUUAUGGAGAAUAAGCUUGCUAGAAGGGAGAGGAAAAGGAAGGAUAAAAAAUCAUUCGGAGACAAUGAGGUUGAGUCUGUUAGGGGUGUAAAGGGUGGUACUAGAGGUGAUCUAGAUUUACAUGUUAGACAAUACUCUCCUGGAAAAAUUGGUGUCACAAGUGUUGGAACAGCAAAGGAUAACAUUGCAAGGGGUAGUUGUGAGGCUGUAGAUGGAUCUGAUGAAGACAGUAGCAGUGGAACUCCAGUCAAUGAGGAUACAUCUACCAGUAUAGGUAGUGAUGUGCUUGAUGAGGAGAGGUUUAGUCAAGGUGGACAGACCAGCCCUCCCCGAGAGUGCCAAGACAAAGAGGACAGAACCACAGGUAGAAAAACCAGCCCUUACCAAAAGAAUAUGGACAAAAAGGACAGAACCACAGAUGGACAAGCAAGCCCUAGUCCAGAGUGCCAAGACAAAGAGGACAGAACCACAAUUGACAUUGAAAAGUGUUUCCUAUCAAAGGAUGUCACCUGAUGAAAUGAAGGGCUGAAAUAUUUACAAUGCUGCCCCAGAUUCAAAGCUGUGAUUAGAUUGUCACUCCAAGAUACUAAUCAGAUUCUUGGAACCAUUAGGUCUGUGAUACAAUGAUUUAUCAUUAAAGUAGUCUAUUGAUACAGGAGAAAGGUCAGUCAUAUUACAUGUAUAGAGGCAGAACAUUUCUUAUUGAGGUGUCUUUGAAGCCAUGAUUAAAAAUUAGGUAGAACAGUCUCCAUGUGCUGUUUAGAUAUUUUUAUCUUCAAAACGAUUCACUUUUUCCUUUAUUAAACAACUUUGUUAAUUUCUAUUUAAUCUUUUAUGUAUUCUUAAUAUAUGUGCAGGUGAGGAACUUUUGCAUAGUUACAAAUGUAAACUUUAUUAAUUUUGCGACAAUUAUGAAACAAGUUUUCCAACUCUUACUAAUGGCCUUUGUACUUUGUAUCUAUGUGUUUUUGUAUGUAAAGAGGAGCUCACUGCUAGUAUCUUGUGUGAACUGGGAAAUCACAUACAGUGUGUGCAUCUAGCCUUGUUAUAAAAAACAAGCUUUGCAUGUAAAGUGUUGGAAGAUUUUUUAAAUUAUCAAGAGUACAUAUUCACUAAUAUCUAUAGGUACCUGUGUAAGUUAAUCCUGAUUUAUAAGAGCUAAGUUCACGGGUGCCUUCGAAGCUCUUUACCGGUUAUAUGUACGUGUACAUAGAUCUGAUCCAACCAAACUGAUUCCAUCAAUGAAUCGUACAGAUACAGCCUAGAAACUUUUCGUACUUCCGAUUUCAUGGAGCCCAUACAUAUGCCUAAUCGAAUAAUAGAGCGACAUAUAAUGUAGCACAGAAAUUAUGUAUUCGAAACUACGAUUUUUUCAAAAAAUAUUGACCAUAUUCAGAACACUGAGCGAGUUUAUUACCACGAUUUCUUUACUUUUCUUCCGAAUGAAGAAAAUGAGUUAGCAUGGUCAUCAAAAAGCUUACAUUAAUGUAGUCUCAUUCAACCAGACUCUUAUUGUCUGCGGUUGAACGAAACAAAAAAUAAUGUCACAAACACAUAGCGUCUAAGGGUGCAUAAUAAUGUGAUUAUAUUGUAAAUUUGGGAAAGCAAUAAAUAAUGUGAUACUAACAUCUUUCUUAACAUAC